AUGGUGGGAUCACAGCUGGCGCAAUUCGGUUUCAAGGUCUCUUCUAUUUGGUCGUCAGCGAUCUCUUCGGAGAGCUUCGAAGUCGAAGCUAGAGCUGGUCAUGCUCGUUCCACCUCCUUCCAAACUUUGCCGUUUGGUUUAAUCAACGUCGAUCCCGACUAUUUCAUGCUCGUGGUAGUAACCUAUUCAGGGACACAUCAGCUGCUUCCCACGGUUCUCCAGUUGUCGAGCGAGACUCUCUCGUUAGCUUUGUUUAUCCCUUGUUUUAAUGUUCUGUUUUAUGAUGUUCAUCAAACCGUCGAGAAUCCCUCCGGUUACUAUCUUUUUACCGUUGAGUAUAGCUCCGGAUGUAAUCGCUUAAACUCGUUUUAG